AUGCAGAGGUUUUCCAGCUGCAGAGGAGUAGCCUUCGAGAUCAAGCCACACAACGAUCCCUUCGCCGUCACCACCAUCACCCCAUCCGCCGCCGACAACAAACCAACCCGCGCCCUCCAAACAAUGAACCCCACCUUCUCCGGCAAAAUCCACCCUUCCUUAAACAAAACCGUCAGCCGCGCCACCAGCAGCCACUUCUGCGACCUCGACUUCGACGAAGAACCCACCGACGACGACGAGGACGACCACGCCGACGAGGAUGAUAUCGACGACAAGGAAACGGCAGCGCUGGCCCCCGCCGCAAGCAGGCGCAGCCAAGCUCCGAUGAAGCCAAAGCCAAAGCUGCCGUCAUCGAGACUGUCCGUCAUACUACUCGACCAAGGAAUGUUGACAGUCUACAAAAGGCUGUUCACAGUUUGCUUGUCACUCAACAUCGUCGCUUUAGUACUCGCAGCCACCGGAAACUUCCCAUACGCGAGAAACAGAGCUGCUCUGUUUUCAAUAGCCAACAUCUUCGCUCUCACUCUCUGUCGGAGCGAAGCCUUUCUCCGGAUCAUAUUCUGGCUCGCCGUCAAACUCCUGGGGAGAUCAUUUAUCCCGAUUCCAAUCAAAACCGCCGCGACGUCGUUUCUCCAGAGCCUGGGAGGAAUCCACAGCAGCUGCGGGGUUUCCUCUGUUUGCUGGCUCGUCUAUGCUCUGUUUCUCACUCUCAAAAACAGAGCAGACACUUCCUCUGAAAUCAUAGCGGUGGCAUCUGCCAUUCUCUCGCUCCUCGGAUUCUCGUGUCUAGCAGCUUUCCCACUCGUCCGCCAUCUCCACCACAAUUUCUUCGAGCGAGUCCAUCGAUUCACCGGCUGGAUCUCGCUCUGCCUCCUCUGGGCGUUCGUCACUCUCACAAUCACGUACGACAGAGCAACCAAAUCUUACAGUAACGAAUUGGGUUCGAAGCUAAUCAAACACCAGGAGUUCUGGUUCACGAUUGGGAUCUCCGUUCUGAUCAUCAUCCCCUGGCUGACGGUGAGACGGGUUCCGGUCAAGAUCUCGUCGCCUUCGGGUCACGCCUCGUUGAUCAAAUUCGAAGGCGGGGUUAAACCGGGAAUACUUGGGAGAAUCAGCCCUUCUCCGUUGUCGGAGUGGCACGCGUUCGGGAUAAUUUCCGACGGGAAAACAGAGCACAUGAUGCUGGCCGGAGCGGUGGGGGAUUUUACGAAAUCCCUGGUGGCGAAUCCUCCGACCCAUUUGUGGGUUCGGAAUGUGCAUUUUUCUGGGCUGCCGUAUUUGACUGAUAUGUAUAACAGAGUGCUGCUGGUGGCUACUGGCUCGGGGAUUUGCGUCUUCUUGUCGUUCUUGCUGCAGGAUUGUGAGGCAGAGGUGUGCGUCUUGUGGGUGACGAAGGGUGUGGAGCAGAAUUUCGGGGUGGAGAUUGCGGGGAUGAUGAUGAGGAGUGGGGAUUUGGAAGGGGAGAAGACGAAGAGGAAGAAGAAGAAGGUGAUUGUUCAUGAUACGGCGGUGCUGGGGCGGCCGAAUGUGUCGAGGAUGAGCGUGGAGGCGGCGAAGGAUUGGGGCGCCGAGGUUGUGAUUGUGACGAGCAACCCAGAAGGGAGCAGGGACGUUGUGAAGGCUUGUAAGGGUGCGGGAAUUCCUGCAUUCGGUCCAAUUUGGGAUUCUUAA